CGGGUGUCGCGAGUGGCAGUGCUGGCAGGUGUCUCGCAGUGGCAGUGCUGGCGGGUGUCUCGCAGUGGCAGUGCUGGCGGGUGUCUCAUGAUUGCAGCAGCGUUGGGGGUGUCUCGCGAGUGGCAGCGUUGGCGGGUGUCUCGCAGUGACAGUGCUGGCGGGUGUCUCGCGAGUGGCAGUGCUGGCGGGUGUCUCGCAGUGGCAGCGCUGGCGGGUGUCUCGCAGUGGCAGCGCUGGCGGGUGUCUCGCAGUGGCAGCGCUGGCAGGUGUCUCGCGAGUGGCAGCGUUGGCAGGUGUCUCGCGGAGUGGCAGUGCUGGCGGGUGUCUGCCAGUGGCAGUGCUGGCGGGUGUCUCGCGAGUGGGAGUGCUGGCGGGUGUCUCGCGAGUGGCAGCGUUGGCGGGUGUCUCGCGAGUGGCAGCGUUGGCGGGUGUCUCGCGAGUGGCAGCGUUGGCGGGUGUCUCGCGAGUGACAGUGCUGCACCUUCAAAACCUCCAAGACAGGACCUCCAAAGCCUCCACCAUCAUCAACACCACCUCCAAAACUCGCACCACUUCCACCAUCUCCAAGACCCCCUACCUCCAAAACAUCCAACUCUUCUAAAAUCUCAAAAGACUUCCAACGCCUCCAAAACUUCCAUUACUUCCUAA